AUUGGCGCCGAAGACAUAAGAAAUUCAUCGACAUGACGUUAGGGCUAGAAGAGCGAGAGAUGCGGCGGAGACGAUUGCUAACUGCUUCGGAUUCCGUUGGCCUCAUAGUUAGCCGUCGAGUUCGGUCGGAUACGCCAGAUAUCCUACGGAGUACCAAUUGCAUAUAUCAUAUUGCUGAUGAAGUUUUGCUUUCUCCACUGGCUAUCUCCGCCUCAUCUUCCGAAGGCACUUCUGGUAUCUCCAUUUCCACUCUCCUUCAUCAAGCUCCUCCCGAUAUUUCUUCUACUGACCCCGCUUCUCUUGGCCCCUUUUUAUCCUCUGGGCCAUACCACCUUGGGUUUCCCGGGCACUUGUCAGCCGAAUCUCCCAUUGCGGUGAAGGAGGUCAACAACUCGGGCUAUGCUUCUGCCAGUGCAACUAUGGGGCAUCCUUUUUCUGGUGAGCAAAGCUGUUUAUCCGAAUUGCCCUUUGGUAAAAGAGGAUCCUCGGACGUUUCAUCGCUGAGCGCUACAUCACGGGAUCAUCUCCUUCAUCAUCCUCGUAAUGCUUUCUGUAAUCGCUGUUUGGAUGAUCAUCCUGCUCAGAGUACCAUCGAAGACGAUGCUGCUGCGGAUUCUUUGCUUCCUCCCACUGACCAUCGAGUGAAUACGGAUCAUGUUAGCAAUGAGUGGGGGCAGACAGCCUUAUCAGAUGGCGCGACUCAUGGCAGACCCACUGGCCUAGUCAAAGGCCAGUGGAGUGAAGAAAUAGAGGAAGAGGAUAGAGAGUUGGCUACCGUUCUUGCAAACCAGCUCAUAGUUUUGUCACUGGAAUCAACUGUUAUAUCUUCAGACUCUGCAAAUCUUCCUUAUCUGCAUCCUUCGUCUCCUUCUGGAUUGUGCGAGCAG